GUAAAUACGGGAUGAAAUAAAGCUUCAAAAUCAUAGCCCAAUCAAAGAUUCCAAGUGUACAACGAUCUUGUUGAUAAGAUGAAUCUGUGUGCAUUGCUUUUGGUUGUCACUGGACUCAUCACUUGUAUAGACUCCUGGCUUUUCCCCGAUAGGCCAAGGCCAACCCGGACUCCAACGCCACGCACUACGGUUGUUGAAAUCAAGAACCCGCGUGUGUGGAGCGAUAAAGUAGAAUUAGAAAUUUCGGGUUAUGAAAGAGUUCGAUAUGGGGGUUAUGGUUUUAGAUUAACAGGAUUCCUCAAGGGAAAGUUUAAUUACAGAGGCUGGUCAUCAAUGGCCCAUCACGUGGUGAUAUUUGUCGAGUAUUGUCCGAAACAUAGAGGUUGCUGGAGAAGAUCUGAUUGGACCAAGUUGUGCUCGAUGUAUCAAUAUCCCAUCUAUUAUGGUCCUGACUGUACCACUAAGAACCUAACGGAUUUCCCAUGUUACUGCAAGGGCAGAAAGGAGUCGGAAUUAUGGUUUUACCCGAUAAGCCCUGACUCAUUGUACCGAAUAAAGUUGGCUCCAGUUCCUCCCAUGGAUUGCAUCAUGCCUUCAAGCAACGUCUUCGAUACUUCCAUUGUGCCAAUUGAUGAAAACCGCAAAGUUCUCUACGUUAACUUUGAUCUCACCAUGUUAGACAAGACUUUUCUGUUCACUGGCAGCGGCUCAUGCCUAUCGAGGUCUGGAAAACAACGGCUGACGUCAGAUCGGACUUGUGUUGGAAUCGGGGGCUUGGCUGCAUUCAUUCUGUCCAGACUAUUGCUUGCUAAGUACUGAAACUAAAAAUCUUGUUUUCAAUACUUCUAAUGUUUAUUUGAUAUUCAUCCAGCUCAUUAAUUUCUUUACUUCCACGUUCUUUGGGUGAAUUUCAAAAUAUUUAAUGUAACAUUAUCAAAUUAUUUUGCGUUUUUAUUUUUUCUCUCCAGAAUUGAUUUUUAAAACACGAAUUGAGUUGUUUCAAUAGAAAUUAAUACACCUUUUUUUAUUCAAAAUCUUAAUGCUAGGUAGACAUUUUAAUAAUUUUUUUAUCAGCUGUAAAUAUUGUUUAACUUUCUUGUGUAUUUUGUAUCGAAUCUAUGAAAUAUGGUCGAUUGACUUGUAACGUCAAAUGAAAUAUGCUAUAAAAGACAUUCGUUUGUUGUUUAAUAUCAGGUACAAAAGUAUACAGUGUUCGACUACAUGAUGUUUUGUAAAAUAUUUUUAUAAGGUAGAAUUUUGUUUUUUAAAUUUAAAUCCAAAAAGUUUAAUUAGUUCAAGACAAUGCGUU